GUAAACCCUAUAGACAGCUUUAAACCAAAUACAAACAUGUUGUUCAAUUUAAGUGUAAAAGUACAUGAAAAAGUUGGAAAUAAGCACAGUGUUUUAUAAGUUAUAUUUUUCUAUAAUAAUAGCUUCAUCAACUCAAUCUGUUGCUAUCAAAAACAUCCAAUAGAUGACUAAAUAAAAUGUAGAAUAUUUUCGAUUCAGCAAAUUUUUAUAAGAAAGCAAAGGAUAUUUUUAUAGUAGUAAAAGAAAAUAUGAACCAGUGUCUUAAAUACAGCAUUCGAUGUUUAGCGCUAGCGAGCUAUGUGGCGCAGUCAAAUGCUCAAGGUUUGUCGCCGCAAGAUUCACUAGUUGCCUUCAUUGUAUUGGGGGUAGUAACAAUAAUGGCAAUUCUAAUUGUUGCUCUGUCUCUUUAUUUGCUUUAUAGAAGAUUAAAAGCAUCGAAUGGUAAUCUUUCUACUUCAUCGCUGGUUGCAUAUGAAAAUCCAGUAGCUGCUGCUGAGUCUGCACCGAAAGGAACGGGGUUACGAGAAACGAAAUCAUUUCAGGAAAUCGGCACACAAACCGUUCCUACCACCGACAUUACUGAGAACGCAGAUGACGGCCAAAAAUAUGCAAAUGAGAAAUCCACAUCUAUUCAAAAUAAUGAUUUUGUUCAAGAGGAUGUUUUUGUGUUCAAAAGCUCUUACUCUUCAACGUCGAACCAUGACCAGCAUGAACAUCAGCCUCGCUCUCGACCCAACCUUGAACGACGGAAGUCCCGAGAUGAUAUCGUGUUUCAAUCUGGUUGGAGAAAAACCGUAAAGUUGUUGGAUCUGAUCAAGGCGAAUGUUAUAAGGGAGUCAAGAGUUCUACAGCUUGAACACGAAACAAUCACAGAAGAAGAAGUCGAAAAAGAAUUGAAACCUUAUCUUAUUGGAAAAUAUCCUAUUGCGGGAAUCUACAACGACGUAGCUGGCUGCAAAAUGUCAUUAUAUGAUGCAUACAAAGAUAGCAUUAUUUCUAGAGGUACGGCCCUUAGUUUAUUGGAAGCACAAGCUGCCGUUGGUAGCAUUAUUGAUCCACAUAAAGGUAGCAAGAUGGGCGUUGCUGAUGCUCUUCAACAAGAGUUGCUCGAUAAAAACUUUGCUGCCGUGCUUUUUAGAGCAGAACGUGCUGUAACUGGGUACAAAGUAAAAGAUUCAAACGAGAAACUAUCUUUGUUUCAAGCCAUGCAAAAGGGUCUUGUGGUUGAAAAACAUGGCAUUCGAUUACUGGAAGCUCAAAUUGCCACUGGUGGUAUUAUUGACCCAGUAGCAAAUCAUAGAUUACCAGUGGAGGUCGCGUUUGAACGAGGUUUGUUUAACGAGAGAUUACAUCGAACACUUGAAGAUCCUACUGAUGAUACAAAAGGUUUUCUUGACCCGAAUACAAAAGAGAAUCUCACAUAUUUGGAACUUCUUGAACGAUGUGUUGAAGAUCCAGACACGGAGCUGCUGUUGUUGCCACUUGUUCGGCCAGAAGAAAAAAAAUAUUAUAAAGGCGGGCACUUGGAAGAGACAUCGAUUAGAACCAGAAUGUCUGUCUCAAAAAGUCGAACAAUCAGUUCGUCGUCUACAGAAGAAGGGUGACAGAAGAGGAAGCUUUGUACAUACAUUUCUUUCAUCAACCGAGAAAUCUAGCCGUUCUUGGUUGUUUAUAUUAUUGGUUGCUUCUUAACAAGUAAUAAUAAAAUGAUUUAGGCAUUUUAAGCCAAAUUGAAAGAUAAAGUUUCAAUUCUUUAAUAAUGAUUUGGCGCGUUUUAGUCUAAUUUUAUUGCCGAGAAAAGGCUGGUACAUUUCUUAAAUAUUUGUUGGUUAAAUGCAACAGCUCAAAAAUAUCGUAUAGUAUAAAAUAAAGCAAUGGUUAUCACAUAACGCCUUUUUUAUUUUUAAGUUAUUGCAUACUAUGUAUUCUAUUUCUUUUGAUUACCGCAACGUUAUGAUAAAUAUAAGUUACAUACAUUCA